CCAGCCUUGUGCCAGUGUGCGCCCGGGGAGCGGACAUGGCGGUCCUUGGAGUGCAGCUGGUGGUGACUCUGUUCACCGCCACCCUCAUGCACAGGCUGGCCCCACACUGCUCCUUCGCUCGCUGGCUGCUCUGCAAUGGCAGUCUGUUCCGGUACAUACACCCGUCAGAGGAGGAACUGCGGGCGCUGGCAGGGAAACCGAGACCCCGGGGCAGGAAGGAACGACGUCAGCUCUCCCUGUCCCUAUGUGCUCAGGUGGGCAAACAGUCUUCAUGAUGAGAAGCCACUGUCGGUGCCUCGAGAUGCCCAUUUCCAGCUGGAGACCUGCCCCCUCACUGCUGUGGAUGCCCUAGUCCUGCGCUUCUUUCUGGAAUACCAGUGGUUCGUCGACUUCGCUGUGUACUCGGUUGGUGUUUACCUCUUCACAGAGGCCUACUAUUUUGUGUUGGGCCCAGUCCAGGAGACCAACAUCGCUGUGUUCUGGUGUCUGCUCACUCUGGCCUUCUCUCUCAAGGUGUUCCUCAUGGUGACCCGACUGUACUUCAGCAGCAAGGAGGGCGGUGAGCGCUCAGUGUGUCUCUCCUUUGCUUUCCUCUUCCUCCUCUUGGCCAUGCUGGUGCAGGUGGUUCGAGAGGAGACCCUGGAGCUGGGCUUAGAGCCAGGCCUGGCCAGCAUGACCCAGCACCUGGAGCCUGUUCUGAAGAAGCAGGAUUGGGACUGGACACUCCCUGUGAUCAAGUUGUCCAUCCGCCUUGGGCUGGCAGUGCUAGGCUCCUUGCUGGGCGCCUUCCUCAUUUUUCCUGGCCUGAGGCUGGCACAGACCCACCAAGAUGCGCUAACCCUGUCUGCGGACCGACCGCUGCUACAGCUGCUCCUGCACACCAGCUUCCUGUCGCCCCUGUGCACCUUGUGGCUCUGGACAAAGCCUGUCGCCCGGGACUUCCUGUACCAGGCACCCAUGAGGAACAUGACCUUCUCUGUACCGUCGGAAGAGGUUUUCGACUCCCUGCGCCUCUGGGUGCUGGUGGUGCUGUGCCUGUUACGGCUGGUAGUGACCCGGCCACACCUGCAGGCCUACCUGUGCCUCGCUAAGGCUCGCGUGGAGCAGCUGCGAAAGGAGGCUGGCCGCAUUGAGGCCCGAGAAGUACAGCAGCGGGUGGUCCGGGUGUACUGCUACGUGACAGUGGUGAGCCUGCAGUACCUGACUCCACUCAUCCUUACUUUGCAUUGCACACUGCUGCUCAAGACCCUGGGUGGCUACUCUUGGGCCCUGAGCCCUACUCCUCACCCACUGGCCCCAUCCCAGCCCUCAGAGACUUUGAUCUCUGUAGACCCUGCAGACGAGGCCCAGCAGACUGCAGCCCAGGUCGCAGGGAUCCUGGGUGGCCUACUCACACCCCUUUUCCUCCGAGGUGUGCUGGCCUACAUCAUCUGGUGGACUGCUGCCUGCCAGCUGCUCUCCAGCCUCUUCGGCCUCUACUUCCACCAGCACCUGACGGCCUCUUAGCAUGAAGGCACGGCAUCUGAUUUCUGCCCACCAGGCCUGGGACUCUGGUGUUUGUGCCUCGGUGUCCUUAGAUGACCUAAGGGUUGGUGGGGGAACUCCCUACCAUCUCUCUCACCUCAGUGCCUAGGUCAUGAACCUCUUGAAGCAGUCUCCCCUGGGUCAUGAUCCCCAAGUGUGUGGGGCACUUUUUACAGAAAUGUCCCAGAGACUGGGGAGAUGAGCGGGGAGCCUGGACAGUAAGAGAGGCCUAGGCAGGAGUGGAAACCUGGAGGGCAGGGGUGUCUAGGAGAGAGCUAGGGGUGGGACUCUGACCUAGCGUCCACACAGCCCUGGCGCCUGUCACUGUCACCGUCACCAGGAGGGAGGACAAGAGUGUCUGUGCCUGUCUCCUCAGCACACUUGGGAGGCUGCGGCAGGAGGGUUAGACUAGUAACAAGACUGGAGAACAAGAGAAAAAAAAGGGAGUCAUGAAAGCUGAGGGGAGAGAUGGCUACCACCCUCCAAAGCUGUUUAGAUGACAGCUGUCGUGUGUUUUGAGGCCUUGGUGACUAAGGGUCACCUCCAACUCCAAAGCGGUCCUUUUGCUGACUUGGUGUGUGUACAUGUGUAUUUAUGAGGUACGCAGACCCUCCUACAUUUGUAAAUGUGUACUGAGAAUAAAAAGGAGGGCUCCUGCA